AUGAACCCUAAAGAUUGGAUUGAUGUUACAAUUGAAAAGAAUCACUAUUCUAUGGACCAUUUUGUGAUUCCUCACCACUAUGAAAAGGAUAUUUCUAGUAUCUUGAUUCCUCAUGGUGUUAUCAUGGAUAGAAUCAAAAAAUUGGCAAGGCUUAUUGUAGAUGAUACUCCAGGACCCUUGGUGGUUUGCUGUGUGCUAAAAGGUGGACAUCAAUACUUUGCAGAUUUGGUCAAUGAAAUUAAAAAGCUCUGUAGACAUAAUGGUUCCAGCGUCCAAUUGAGCUUGGAAUUUAUCCGAGUAAAAUCCUAUACAAAUGAUACGCAAUCAGGUGUUAAGAUAUCUUUGACAGAUGCAGAACUGGAAGAGUUCAAAGGAAAGAAUCUCUUAAUUGUCGAAGAUAUUAUUGAUACAGGCAAUACAAUGGUCUACUUAUUAGAAAGAUUAUCAAAAAUCCAGCCUGCAUCUAUCCGUGUUACCAGUUUACUCAUCAAGAAAACAGAACGAAGUAAUGGAUAUGUCCCUGAUUAUGUCGGAUUUGCUAUUCCAGAUGACUUUGUCGUAGGAUAUGCCUUGGAUUAUAAUGAACAUUUCAGAGACCUCGAUCAUAUAUGCGUUAUUAGUGAUGAAGGUAAACAGAAAUAUGCUGUAUAA